AUGAAGACAGCACAUCUGGUCCAAAACCACCCUCUUGUGGUACACACAAACCAUGGGAUCCAAGCAUACUUGAACUCAAAACUGUUCAUCACCACAGCCCAAAGAACUGCCAACAUCACUCAGACGCUUCGUCAACCUCACAUCACCUAUGCCAGUGGAAACAUCAACAUGGCCAUGCAUAUGAUCAAUGACUCUGAAAGCAACAGCACGGACCAUAUCUGUGAAGAACUGGCGAAGACUGAACUAUAUGACUUUAAGAAGCAGAAGUUCUAUGUUCUGUCCAUGUUCCCGUACCCGUCUGGACGUCUGCACAUGGGCCACGUCCGAGUCUACACCAUCAGUGACGCCCUGGGACACUUCCACCGCAUGAGAGGACUCCAGGUGCUGAACCCUAUGGGCUGGGAUGCGUUUGGUUUACCUGCCGAGAAUGCAGCAAUCGAGAGGGGACUCGACCCUGAAGUCUGGACCAGGAAGAACAUUGAGUCCAUGAGGGAGCAGCUGCUGAACCUGGGGUUCUGCUUUAACUGGGACCAGGAAGUGACCACCUGCCUCCCGGAAUACUACCGCUGGACCCAGUUCCUGUUUGUGAAGAUGUUUGAAGCAGGACUGGCCUAUCAGAAAGAGGCCGUGGUGAACUGGGACCCUGUAGACCAGACCGUGUUGGCGGAUGAGCAGGUGGACUCCAGAGGCAGGUCCUGGAGGUCUGGGGCCGAGGUGCAGCAGAAACUCCUCAAGCAGUGGUUCAUCAAGACCACCAACUACGCCAAGCCGCUGGUGGAGGCCCUGGCAGAGGUCCCAGAGUGGUACGGGGUCAAGGCCAUGCAGAAGAACUGGAUCGGGGACUGCACCGGCUGCUUCUACCAGUUCACACUCAAGCUGGCUGGUCAGGACACAGGGGAGUUUCUCUCGGUCUUCUGUGUGUCUCCUGAGACAGUGUUUGGAGCAGCCUUCGUCCACAUCCUGCCCUCCCAUCACCUGCUGUACGGUACCAGCUCAGUCCGAGACGCUCUGGAGGACGCUCUGCAGCCGGGGACAGACUCCCUGACUCCCGUCACUGCUGUCUGCCUCCUCACACAGCAGGAGGUUCCUCUUGUGAUCUCACAUAAACAACAGUUUGAUGGACACCUGGACACAGUGCUUGGUGUCCCUGACAGCUGUGAGGAGGACAGAUGUGUUGCUGAGUCUCUGCAGCUGCAGUGGACCUCAGUCCUCUCAGACCAAGACGGGACUCAGACUUUAAAGAACUCAGGCGAGGUUAGUGUCAUGUGA